AACGAGGAGGACAGUGCCCCGAGGCUCUCGGUGCAUCAGAUUCAGAUCCGGGAGAGGAGGGGCACGCUGGAGGGAGGCCGUGGGCCCUGAUGGCUUCCGGUUCCCCGCGGCGCCCCACUUUGAAGGAAGCUGGGUUUCAGGCUCCGGGACUGGACUGGAUUGCUGUCUGGGCGUGCUCAUCGCUGAGGUCGCCUGAUCUGUGUAGAGCAAUGACAGAUUAAAGGAAUGAUCCCAUCCGAGUCCAGCUUGGUAAACCGGAAGAGCAUGCUAAAGGAGAGGGUCAUGGACUUGGUCCCUCAGACAACCGUCCUGCCCCUGCUGUUUGGCUGCCUGGGGAUUUUCAGCGUCUUCCGGCUGUUGCAGUGGAUCCGCUCAAAGGCCUACCUGAGGAAUGCUGUGGUGGUGGUCACAGGUGCCACCUCAGGACUCGGCAGAGAAUGUGCCAGAGUUUUCCAUGCUGCGGGGGCUAAGCUGGUUGUCUGUGGCCGAGAUGUGAAGGCCCUUGAAGAACUCGCGCGUGAACUUGCUGGUUCUUGCUCCUCCCAGGGACAGACACACAAACCCUACACGGUGACCUUCGACCUCACAGACCCUGUUGCUAUUGCCGCAGCAGCAGCUGAGAUCCUCCAGCGCUUCGGCUACGUGGACGUCCUCAUCAAUAAUGCUGGGGUCAGCUACCGCGGUGCCAUCAGUGAUACCCUGGUGGACGUGGACCGGAAGGUGAUGGAGAUAAACUAUUUUGGCCCUGUUGCUCUAACGAAAGCUCUCCUGCCGUCCAUGGUCAAAAGGAAGCAAGGCCACAUCGUCGCCAUCAGCAGCAUCCAGGGCAAGAUCAGUAUUCCUUUCCGAUCGGCAUACGCGGCCUCCAAGCAUGCAACCCAGGCAUUCUUUGACUGUCUGCGUGCAGAGAUGGAGCAGGAUAACAUCGAGGUGACCGUGAUAAGCCCUGGCUACAUCCACACCAACCUCUCUGUAAAUGCUGUCACUGCUGAUGGCUCCAGAUACGGAGCUCUAGACAAGAACACAGCCCAGGGCCGAAGCCCUGAAGAGGUGGCCCAGGCUGUCCUUGCUGCUGUGAAGAAGAAGAAAAAAGAUGUGAUCUUGGCUGACCUCAUGCCAUCCAUGGCUGUUUAUCUCAGAACUCUGGCUCCUGGCCUUUUCUUCAGAAUCAUGGCCUCGAGGGCCAGAAAAGAGCGAAAAUGCAAGAGCUCCUGACACUGGUAGAGCUGCUAGCUUGGGCCAGCCUGAUCACACUGAGAGUCACACCUGGGAUGGCUCAGCGAGGGGAUCCACAGUUGAAAGCUGGUGGAGGGCUGUCUUGUGCUCACGGGUGGGCAGGAGCACUUGUUUCCCCCAGGAGUGGGUUAGGCCCUUGAGUGAAUUAUAGACUUGGGCUGGGACUCUAAAAGAUGCAAAAUAAAUGACUCAAUAGAAUCCUGGAUGUGCCAGAUUUCAGAAGCGGUUCUGGAGGUUUGGGAAACAACCCCAAAUGUGUUUUUUUCUUGUUUUUGUUUUUCCCUCAAGACAGAGUUUCUCUGUUUAGCCCCUACCGUCCUGGUACUCACUCGAACUCAGAGAUCCACCUGCCUUUGCCUCAAGAGGGCUGGUUAUUAAAGGUGUGCACUGCUGAAUCUGCUUAUUUGGGCUUGUUGGAGAUCACGGACCUAGGUCUUAUGAAGAGGCUUGAGGGAGAAGGCUGGGAUAGGCUCUCCCCAGUCUGUAGUUCCCUUUGCUGUACAAAAAGUUUUUCAACUUCAUGAGGACCCAUUUAUUACUUGUUGGCCGUUAUCACCUGAACUGCGGGGUCCUAUUCAGAAACUUCUUGCCACUGCCUACAUCUGGAAAUAUUCUCCCUGCUUUUUCUCAACAGGUUUGAGUUUCACGUCGUACAUGGAGGUCUUGGAUCUAUUUAGAAUUGAAUUUUGUGCAGGGUGAGAAUGAUCUAGUUUCAUUCUUGACAAUGGUUUCCCAGGCUUCAAAGCACUACUUGUGUAUUUAUCAUCUUUGUAAAAUAGCUCUAAUGGUGAGUUUUUAUCUGUCUUUUA